AUGGACAAAGAUACAUUUUUAGAAGAAGAUUCAAUAAAUAAUGCGGAUUAUAGUAGAUCUAAUUUGGACAACUCAAAUCAAGAUAUUCCAAAAAAACAUGUGAAGAAGCAGUUUAUUUUGAGAAAGAGGAUUGAAGAGGAUAUUAAAAAUUCUAAAUAAUAUUAAGUUUAGAACAAUUCUAAAUUGGUUUAACCACAGCCAUAAAAUUUAAAGAAAUCCUUCUAAAAUGCCGCAAGAAUGAUUUCGUAGGCUUCAAGAGCAAGCCAAUUACUAAAUAAUUCCUUAGGUGUAAAUAAUACUGCUGCAGCAGCUGGUUUAUUGAAUGAAAGCAAAACACGCGAGACUUUAUACAGUCAGAAGUCUCUAGGAACUGAAAAUAUGCUCCACAUGAGAGAGGAAAAGAAAAGAGUAACUUAAAUUGAAGAGCAAUACAAACCAUAAUACAAUGGUCCUUAGGUUGAAUUAGUUGAUGGAAAGAAGAAUUUAUCAUUUAUUAUAAAUACUGGUUUGGUAGCAUUUGAUCAUGUCAUAGUUAGAAAUAAUGGUAGCGCUUCUAUUUAUUAUGAAUGGAAGAGAAUUGAAAGCGAUAAAUUUAACAAUUCCACUUUAUCAGAUCCAGAACAAAAAUUCUUUUGUCAUCAUGAAUAGAAUGUCAUAAAGCCAGGGUAAUCGAAGAGAUUUGUGUUUGCUUUUAUGUCGAAAGUUACGGGUAUAUUUUAUGAAGAAUGGGAACUUUAAUGCGAACCUCCAACAAUGCAUCCAAUUUAGAGAUUGAAGCUCACUGGUAAUGCUAUUGAUGUUGAUAAUCUCAAGGAUUGGAGAAGCGAUUUUGAAAAAGAAAGCUUGAAUCAUUACGUUUAUAAAGGAAUGAAUGAAAUAGUUGGCGAUAUUAUUGCAGAGGUGAGAACUCCCACUCCUCCUCUACCUGAUUUGGAAGACCCUGAAGUUUGUAAAAGAGAAUUUGAAGAAAAGAAUGAAGAUUUACAUGUUUGGUACAAUCCACUUGUUAUGAAGUGGUGGAGAUUGCUGGAAUAAGAUUUGUAUUAGGAAUUAAAUAUGAAUCCAGAGCAUUAAUAUUGGGAUUUAAAUUUGAAUUACAUCAAAUCGAUGGUAGAGAGUGUUGAAGAUGAAGAUAAUAAAGCCUUCUUUGAGUCUCGUUAUAAGACUUACUUUGAAUUGUCUAAAGUAAAACCUGUGGAGAGAUCUUAAAUCUUCUAACAAACAAAAGAUUUUAUUUGGAAAUUAGCUUGCAAUGUUCCUGCUAUUUCAGAUAAGGUCAAAGAGGAGAUGGGAAUGUGGGAAUAUGUUUUCAGACCUCCCCUUCAAGAGCGUGAUUUUACAGAACAAGAGUUAAAAUAAUUUGAAGAUGAAAAGGCAAAAAUCAAAGCAGACUGGAUGAAGAAAGCAAAAAAGAAAAAAUGGACAGAUGAUGAUGAAAAGAAAAUGAUUGAAGACUACAGAAACUAGCUUUCUACUCGUAUUUCUAACGAAGUCUAUUCAUUUUUUGAAGGAUUUGAAGAAAAGGAUGCACUUUAUAGAGCUCUCAAUACAAUAUAAACUAGAAAGGAGACUCCUUCUCUGGAGUACUUCGAGCACCUAAUCAGAAAAAAGCCAAUAAAAGACCUAGACAUAGACGGCAAGCGUAUUCUCCUAAGAGUCCAUUUGAAGUUAUCACCCUCAGCUGACGCUUUAGAAAAGAAGGCCCAACACGAGCAAAGAAUCAUCUAAGAAAAAGAAGAAGAAUAAAAACGUAUUGAAGAGGAAAAAGCUCUUUAGGAAAAAUUAGCGAAAGAGAAGAAGAAACCAACUAAAAGACCUCCUCCUCCUCCUGCUAAAGGAAAAGGUGCUAAGCAACAGGUUGAGGAAGAAAAACCUAAGGAGAAAAUUUUGGAUAUUAGCUUUUUGGAUGAAGAUAAUUUAUUGGAGAUUAUGGAUAGUUUGAAGUAUAUUUUAGAAAGAUAAGCAAAACUUGUUAUUCUUUUGGUUAGUUAUGAUAUUCCUCUUGGAGAAUAUAAGCUAACUUCUUCAAUUAAAUUCUUCAUUGAGUAUUUGAAAAAGUAGGUCGAGAAUCAAAUUUAAUUUGUAGAUACUUUUUACAUUGAAAAUUUUGAAGAAAAAAUAGAAACUGAAUCCUUCCCAGAUAAUUCAAUUUUAGUCUUGGAGAACUGCUUUUUCGUUCCUGAAGAAGUUGGAUUCAAGCAAAUAAAGCAGGUUACUGCUGAAGGAAAAGAAGAAACUUCACUUGUUAAAUACACUCUAGAAGAUAAACACAAUUAUAUUAGCACUCUCUGCUCUUAUUGCCCUUCUUAUGUCAUUGAAGAUAAAGAAAAUUUCUUCUCAAGAUUAACUUCAAUGGUUAAUUUCAGCUUUGAAAAUCAAGUUAGUGGAGUUCACAUUUCUGAAGACAUUUAACUUGCAUCUCAUUUAAUUACAUUCAAUAAAUCACCAUUCCAUGUAUUUAUUGGUGGUUCUCUUACUCCUUCUAAACUUAUUGCUAUUGACACUUUGUCUAACUUCGCUUAAUAAAUUCAUUUGUACAGCGAAAUUGGUAUCAAAUUCUUAAUUGUGUAAUAAGAAAUUUGGUAAGAAGAAAGAGCUAGUUUGCUCUAGUAAGAAAAGCAACUACAAUCAGUAUCCAGCAAAGACAAAGAAAACACAAAUCUUUCAUAAAUUUAGCAAGCUCUUUUAGCUAGCUCAUCUCAUAUUAUUUUGAAUAUGCCUUUUACCAAUUUCAGUGUUUCUCCAAUCGAAAAGCUUGCUAUUCAAGGUGUUAUAGCUUCAGUCAAAAAUAGAGGCAAGACUUAAUUAGUUUUGCCAUAGGAUUUUAUAGUUGUCCCUGAUUCUAGCUUUGAAGGAGUGGAAAAGUUCACUCCAUCUUGGUUUGAAUAGUCUUUACUACAAUCUUAGAAUUAUCCUCCUAGAAUUGUAAAGCAACCAGUAGACUCAAAAGCAAAUUCUGAAGCAGUUGAUCAAUCACAUUUGAAUAACUCUUUACUUGCAGACUAAUCUCCCAUUUAGAAAAAUAAUAUCACCUAAGAGGAUGAUGCAGUAGAAGAUGUAGAUAGAGUAGAUGAAGGAGAAGAUGAAGAUGAGUAUGAAGAAUACGAAGAUGAAGAAGGUACUAAGAGAAAAAAGAAAUCUAAGAACUACAACGAUGUCAUUGAAGAUGUUGAAGAUGAAAGUGAACACUAUGAAUACGAUUAUGCAGCUCAAUUCCCUGCCAACCAUAUAAUCAUUGAUUUUGGAGAGAAGACUCUAUCUGCUUUGAGAAAAGGUGUCAGAAAAUCAAGAAAAUUAGCUUGGUUUGAGCAAUUAAGUAUUUUCACAUCUGUAUCUACUAACGAAACAAACAAAAUAGCUGCUAAAACUCUCCAUAAAAUGCAAGAAGACAAAAGAGCAAGACUAGAGUCUUAGCGUAAAGAAAAUAAUGAUUACAAUUAUGUUAACGAUGUCUUAGCCUUCGUCUUUGGUAAAUCAGUAGAAAAGCAUGUCAACAUGUUUGAAUUAGUAGAUCCUAAAUAAAAAGUAAGUGAUAUUGGCUAGGAUGAUGGUUUCAGUAUUAACAGCGAAAAUGUGGGAUCAAAUCAAGGUUAAAAUAAAAAUGAAUAAUAAGAAGAAGAUAAAGAUAAACUAGCUAAUCCCGAUGAAGAUGAUAAAUCUGUUCACAGCGGAACAACUGCUGUAACUAAACCAAACACUGUAAGAAUCAUCUCUGACUUCUAUUCAAAGGAUUCAGAAUUCUUACUUAAAAUCUUGCACGGUACACAUAUUGAAGCUCUAUCAACCAUCGAAUCAUAUGCGUAAAAAUCUGAAUCAAAUCUCAGCGAUGAUCUUUCCUUCCUUGAUAGAUUAUGA